AGUUCUAGUAGUUAUCGAGGUAUCCUUGAUGCUGUUCGAAUAAUUUAUCAACAAAGAGGUGUGGGUGGUUUUGCUUGCGGAAUGCAAGCACGGGUUGUUUUCCAGAUGCCUGCUACCGCCUUAUCAUGGUCCGUGUACGAGCUUUUCAAAUAUGUUCUUGGGUACUCUUCGAAGAAAUCGUCCUAA